UACCAAAUGUCAAAUAAUUCAAAGGAACAGUUAACGGCAGUUGCGUUUUUUCUUCAAUCUUAAAAUUAUUAAACUUUAGAUUUCUUUACGGAAAAUUAUCAUGACAAAUAGAUUAUGUUAAUUUUGGAAGUUUUUAUAGUUAAUUCUUCAUCGCUAAACAGCGUAACUAUAAAUAAACAAACAGAAAGCGCAGAGAUUUAAAAAUCAUCGGUUAUUAUAUGUAUAUUCGUUCUACAGUUUGUCAUUGCUGUUGUGCUGUGGUUUUGUAAAGAAAUAUAUAUUCAAAAUUUGCUUAAAAUAGAAAUUCAAAGUGAGCCAGGUAGGCAAAUAGGACGUCAAAGGAAAAUAUAAGGAUUAAGCAAGGAGCAAAGCCAACUUUUUGCUAUAAUGGAUGUGAGAAACUGGAAAAAAGUGCUGUUGCACUGGGUAACUGAAUGCGGGUUUGUUGCCGCUAAUUACUUUAGUUUGGAACAAACAGAUAUUGACGAAUUUUAUAAAAAUUUUCGCUUAAAUCACAAUUUAUUACAAAAGUCGGAAACUGAAGGCAAUGUAAUAAGUUUCUUAAAAGAACAAUAUUCCGAUUAUUCGCCUCUCCUGGACGCUGAAAAUACUAUCAGUUCAACAGAGUAUAUCUAUGCAUAUUCUCUAUUCUUACAUUUUUCCUGUGUAAAAUGUCCAGAAACAAAUUUCCAUGACAUCUGCAAGCGGCUGUCGGUAAAUAAUCAACGAAACAUUGCGGCAUUCUUCAAUGAGUUGAUCGAUUGUCAGUCCAUAAAUCGUGAAAAAUUGCGACAAGCUAUUGCUGGUACAUCAUUGAGAAGUAAUAAUUCCCCGGGUACAAGUGACAGUCACUCAAGCAGCAAUAACUCCACUAAUACCACUAACAAUUAUUCGUCAUCAUCUUUUCCACGCCUGGACUCGCCAAUGCGAUCGUCACGCUAUGCGCCAGGCAAUAGCAGUCCACGUGUUGUGCCGCCAACUCCAAAAUCUGCUAUGUUGGAGGAGCGUACACGAGAGCUUUAUAAUUUGCGUGCACAACUGGAGACAGAGCGUUACGAGAAGGGACUGCUGGAAGUGCAAAUAAAACAAAAUGAAGAAAAGAUGAAAAAAUUAAAUCAAGAUCAUAAAAAGUUGCAACAAACAAUUCAAGAUUUAAAAAACGAUAUACUCACACAAAAUACAACAGAAUGCAGUUCGCCAAAAAAUAAGGAUGGAGAGCAGCUAAAACGCCGUUUGUGCAGAGAGGUGGCGCAAAAGGAGACAGAAAUAUCAAAACUCAACGAGGUGCUAGGAAACCUCCGUGAAGAAAAGAAUUUGGUUCAAGAGAAGCUUCAUUUUGCCGAAAAACAAAUAGUGGUUUGCAUGGAUCGUAUUACAGAGCUGGACUUUAAAGUCGAUGAGCUUACUGCUGAACUCGAGCAAAAAGAUCUCGCCAUACAAUGUUUGAGUGAAAACAAGCACGAACUGGAACAGUUUAUAAAUGAGACACGCUCAACAGGGAAUAAUUCCCGCCCCGACUAUUUGGAUGCCUCAUUUUCACCAAUCACUGAUGGCAGUUCAAGUAGUCCCGAAAACCUCGCACGCUCCGUGGUCGAUGUGCAGUUGCGCGAGAAGGAACACGAAAAUACUGAGCUACGCGAUGAAUUGUAUGCGCUAAAGAACAAUAAUAAACGCUUGGCCGAAUUGAUACGAAAAUUCACCAUAAAACAUGCACAGGAAUACAAUAUUGCCACAAGAAUUGGUAUUAUGACGGCCAAAGCGGAGGAACACAAAGACAUCACACCGGGCGAUUGUCUCGAUCAUUUGGUGGAAUAUGUCGAACAACUGGGCGGGUAUUACAAAGACGAAAAGGGUCGCGUGAAAGCUUUACAAGUCGAGCUACAGUCCAAACAGCGGCGUAACGAUGAACUCAGUCGCAGCAUGUUGGAGUUCGAAAAGGAGGUAGGCGCUCUGAAGGAACAACUAGAAGGUGUGGACAAUUUAAAUAUGGAGUUGGAGCAGGCAAAGAAACGUAUGCAAGAGAAGAUAAUACGUUGCGAGCAGGAGUUAGUUAAAAUUAACGAGCAGAAAUUCGAGCUAGUCGCCAGGCUCGAUACGCUGGCCAAUGACUAUGACACGCACAAGCAUAAGUGUGCCGCACAGCGUCAAGAGCAGACGGCAAAAAUUAAAAAUUUAGAGAAUGAAAUUUCAGACUAUGAGAAAGUCAACGCUUCGAUACGCAAGGAAAACGAAGACUUGAACGACGAAGUGGCAUCGCUGCGCAAGAAGAUCGAAACCUUACAACAAGGCAUGCUCAACAAUACGGAUGAGAUACGCACAUUAAAUGAUCGUAUCAAAAACUAUCAGGAUGAAUUGGACGCACACGAUAAAACCGAGAAAAUGCUUAAGGAGAAGUAUGAAAAGAUACUCGUGCAACAUGAAGACACCAAGCGCGACAGGCGUGAGACAGCCGACCACUUGGAGGCCAUGCAGAAUAAGAUCACUGUGAAGGAGUUCGAAAUGGGUAAACUGGGCGUGGAAAUAAUUGAGGUGCGUAAGAAGAACGAUGAAUUGGAGACACGCAUUGACACGCUGUUGACGGAAUUCAAAACCGAAAAACACAACUAUGAAUUAGCCAUACACACGCGCGAUGAACGCAUACACAAAAUCACGGAAGAACGUAAUACGUUGGAGGAAAGCAUGGGCAAGCUGAAAAAAGAGAAUGAGCUGCUGCAAAAGGAGUUCAAAGAGGCCAAGGAAGAGCUGAGCGCGGCGCUCAAGACCUUCAAUGCUUUAAAUGCUUUAUUGUGCGGCGACAAAUCCAAUACCUCCGUUAAUCUGCCGAAAAAGCUUUCGGAUGUGUUAACCAACAACAAACGCUUGGCAGAAGAGAAGCUCGAACUCAAUAAGAAAUUGGAGCAAAUGAGCCGUAAUCACAACGAAACAGUUUCGAAAAUGGAAGUAGUGGAGCAGGAGAUGAAGCAUCUUAUCACAGCCAAAGAGGAAGUGGAGGCCAACUACAAAACGCUACUGGAACAGAGUGACAUGAAGCUGAAAAAUGCCGAAGAUCAACUGAAAAUCUACGAGGAAGACAUUGGCAAUUUGAAAGACGCCUUCAAGCAGGUCACCGAUGAGAUGCAAAAUGCGCUACAGAGCGCUACCGAAGAUCACACGGUGCGUUUAAUGGAACUCGGCGUUGAGCAUGAGCGUGUUGUGAACGCGUUGAAGGAAGAGCUUGCUGCAACUACAGAAGAGUUAAGCGUGAAGGAGCGCAAUCUGAAGGCGCUUAUGGAAGAGAGUAGCGUAGUGACGAAGAAGCUGGAAGAGAGCAUAGUACGUCUGGAAGAAGUACAAAACGAGCAGUUGCAACUUGGCAAAGCCAGCACCGAAAAGCUUAAAGCUUUGGAAACGCAAAUGGAGAAGGUAGUGAAGGAAAAUAAAACACUGCUGCAAGAAAUCGACACAUUCAAGGCUGAGCACAGCAAGGUCAAUGGUAAAGUGCUCGAAGCCGACAGCGCACUAAACGAGUUGAAUGCGCAGCUGCUACAAGAGAUCGACUGCAAGGGUGAAUUGAGCGCGAAACUGCAGGCAAGUGAAACGCGUUUGUUUGAAACCGAGCAAAAGCUCGAGAGCAUACUCAAGGAGAAGGCGCACACCAUAAGUGGUCUGAAAACCGCCUACGAGAGUCAAACAGCCGUGCUGAAACGCGCCGAAAACCAGGUGAGCACAUAUGAGAAAGCGAAUCUGAAACAGACGCAACAAAUUGCAACACUGCAACAAAAUCUACAAAAGGCCACCGAAGAGAAGGAGCGUUUAAGCAAGGAUGUCGCUUCGUUCACUUCACAAAUACAGCGUGAGCAAGAGGAGAAAUCCGCACUGUUAGCCUCGUUGGAGCAGACAGCCGAUCAACUGAAGUUGGCGGUCUGUGAGAAGGAUCAGCAAGCAAAGAUAUUGGAAAAGAGCUACGACGAACUCAAUAAUCAAAUACGCGACGCCAAUGAACUGGUCGCCAAACUACAAACUGAUAUCUCGGCGAAGGAGGCACAACUGCAGCGCUUGCAAGAGGAGCAAGAGCACGAGCGUGACAAUUGGCAGACGAAGUUGUCGGAAAUGAUGCGCAUGCUGGCCGAACAAUCGGUGGAGCAGGAGAAUAACGACAGCAUUUUGGAGCAAAUCAUCACGGUGAUAGCGAACCACAGCAACUCGGCGGCAGGCGAUGGUGAGAAACCGCUCAUCGAUGAGUUCAUAAAGUUGCCGACGUGUGAAAAGGACACGCAACUGGGUAAGCUGCGGUGCGCGCUCAAUGGGCUGCUUCAUAACAACGCACAGCUGCACACACAACUCGAUCAGACCGAGCAGAAGCGGCAGGGCGCCGUGGAGGUGCUGGAGAAAGCGAAUGACAAGUUGAACAGCCAACUGCUCAACCGCAAUGCCGAAAUCACGGAGUUGCAACAGCAACUAAUUGCCGAGCGCAAGCAAAGCGCAUUGGCGGAACAGUUGAAGCAGGAACUGAGCGAUUUGAAAGCUGUCAACGAUAAGCUGAAAGCGCAGUUGGUGCAGCUGGAGCAUGAGUGCAGCGUCGUUAAAGAGCAAUACCAGAACGCCACAAGUACAUUGGAACGCCUAGAGCAAGAGAAACAAGAGCUCAAAAACGAACUGCAACGCGCCAAUGAGAAUGUCACAUGCCUCAUACAAGGCAGCGAUGCUUUGCGGCAGGAGAAAGAUACGCUCGUCGAACAGCUGCAAGAGCUGCGUUUACAGCUCACACAAACCAGCGUGCAACACAGUUCCACCGAGUCGAUGGUGAAGAACAUUUUGCAGAAUUCCACCACGCUGGAACGCAAGCUCGAUGCCACAGAGAAUGAGUUGAAAUUACUGCGUGUGCAGCUGCAAACGCUGGAGACCAAGAAGGAAGAAUUGGCCGCUGAGAAUAUGAAGUUGCGUGAAACGCAAGAGGGUUACCAGAAACGCAUUGAGAAAAUGGCCGUAAAGUUGGGCGACACGCAAGCGCGUUGCUCGAAGAGUGAACACGAAAACGAAAAGCUCAACGAGUCGCUGAAUGCCUCAAAGAGCAGCGCUGAGAAGUUGAAACGCGAAAAGAGCACGCUAGAAGCCGAUAAACAAGUGCUACAGGAGCGCUUAGCCGCCACCGAACGCAAUCAACAACAGUUACUCAACAAGGUGCACCAACUGGAGCAAACGAAACAAACACUGGAGGCGGAGAAAAAACAGUUAGAAGCCUCUGAGGCAGAUGCUAAAGCCAAAAUGACAAAGCUCGAGAAAAUACGUCAAAUGAAUGAGGAAAAAAUACGAAAGCUCAACUAUUCAUUAGAGACGACCGAAGCGAGCAAUGUGCGUUUGAACCACGAAAUCGGUGCCAUCAAUUCGCAACUCAACGAACUGCAGCACUCCAUUAGUGCAGACAACACCGCCGAGCAACUGAAGACAGCCCUUGAGGAACGCGAUCAAGCGCUGGAACGUGCCAACGAUUACGAAACACUUGCCAAUAAGCUACAAGCCGAUGCCGAGCAAUUGCAAGAGCAAAACUCGAAUAUCAACGAUCAGCUCUCGAAAAUCUCGCUAUCCCUACAGAUAUCACAAGAGAAAUGCGAAAAACUCUCGCAACAAAUGUGCGACCUCGAGAUGGAUAUGUGCGCGCUGAAGGAGGAGAAGGCGCAAAUUGAAAACGAACACCUGAACACCUGUGCCAAGUUGAAGCAAUACGAAAUACAAAAUAAUAAUUUGCUCUCGGAACGCGAAGAGAAAGUCGUCGUGCUCGAAGCGCAACUGGAGCAAAUCCGCAAGGAGUUGGGCGUCAAAACCGAAGAGAUUACAAUGCUGCAAACGGAGCGCGACAGCUUGCGUUGUGGCAAUGAGGAAGAAGACGAGGAGAUUGAGCAAUUGCGUAAACGUCUCGCCACUGCCGAGAAGCUAGUCGAGUCGGAGCAGCAGGCCAACACACAGCUGCGUGUGGACAACCAAAUUUUACAAGCCAAAUAUCGCGAUUCCAAGCAACGGCUGCAGGAACAAACUGAAAAGGCGGAGGAGCGUAUCAAAGAGAAUCGCUUAGAGAUGGAGGUUAAGUUGGAUAAAAUGAAGAAUAAAAUGAAAACAUUAUAUACCGACGAAGUGACGAAAAUGAAAGGCAAACAAGAUCGCGAAAUCAGCAGCUUGCGCGGCGAUAUGGACGUACUUAAGGCACAGAAUGAAAAGUACGAGGAACACAUACGUAAGCUAUCCGGUCAAAUCAUGAAGACGAACGAUCGCAUAUUGGAGUAUCAAAAGCAAAAUGCCAUAUUAUCGACCAAAUUGAAUAAAUUACAAGAUGCCGCCGAGGAUGCACACUUCAAACGUCCCAGUUUUGCGACAAAUUCAUUGCCCCGUUCAUUGUCGUCGGCUGCCGCGAAUGCGCCGACCAGUUCCAAUUUGGCAAUGGAGGAUGAGGAGGGUGAAAUUUUCAAUAAUACGUACCUGACCGAUUUACAAACGGGCCGCAUGUCGAUGUGCCGUGAUGUUUGCGCCGAGGAGUUACAAUAUCGAAAUUCCUUAUUGCCACCGCACCUGAAAAGCACCUAUGCUGCACAAUACGAUCAUGGCUUAGCCGAAGAUGAAUUGAAAGACGGCCCCAAUAGUUUGGAUGACAGCAUGAGCGCUUUGCUGAGCACAACAAGCGGCGGUGGUGCGCGCAAGAAACUCACCGGCAUCACGAAUUAUAAGCGUCCCGGCCCGCCGACGCCGAGCAAACACGGCGGUCGGUUGUCGUUGGGCGGCAGUUCGGAGCCGCCGCGCGAAAUACUCCGAGAAGUGAAUGAUUAUGGCGGCGGCAGCUCGGCGAAAACGCCAGUACGUUUUGGCUUUUUCGCUUCGAAAUUCAGUAUGGGCCAUAGCAAUCCAAAGGAUGAGCCUAAACAAUUGUCCGAUGAUCUUCUGAAGGCUGUGCAAAGGAAAAACUUCCAAGCCAUGUGCUUGAAGAGUCCCGACCAAAUUUGCACAUCAACGCCACGCAAGAGCAAAACACAUUUCGAUCGUCGUAGUCUAUUCAAACAAUUCAUGGCGAUAUCCAGUUCGUCAAUGCUCUCGUUAACCGUCGAGAAGUGCCCGACAGCUUCAACGCAUAUUGAAAAUUUGAAACCCACAGUGCCAACACUAUCCUUAGCCGAUGUAUCGGCCAUCCGUCAUGCGCCUGCGUCGCAAACGCAUUUGAAAAUGUUGGAACAACAACGUGUCGCACGCAAGCGACGCAGUUCGCUGUUGCGUCUGAAAAUCGGACGUAGAAUGAAAAAUUUGCCAACAAGCAGUCCGAUAACAACGGACACACCAUCCACCGGUACGCCAAAGACACCGUUAAAAGUGGGAAGAAAGUCGUUAAAACCAUUGAUGGAAGGUGUUGAACAGCGACACGAUGACGCUGACACGCCCACCACCGGCCCAACAACGUCGGCGACUACGGCGACCGCCACCACGACGACUGCCAGUUCUGGUGAUGCGCUGGGGCGCGGCAGCGGUGUUGGCGGACGCCAUCGUCGUCGUUCGAAGCGUGAUCGCGGACCACGCCUAUCGUUGUACGCCAGUGGCGGAGGACAUCGUACACCGAGUCGCAAUAAGUUGCGCGAACAAAUGCGCAAGAAGGCGCACAAGCAACGACGCGACAAUUACAAUCGCGGACGCGCAAUACCAGUCGAACAGCGGCUGCAAGGCGGCCAACAGGAUAAUGAUAGUGUGCGCGACAGUGAGGAUAAUCACACGAUCCGGCUGAAUGCCACCAUAGUGCUGGCGAAGAAAUGCGAACAUCCCGAAGAGUAUGAUAUACCAGAGUAUACAUCGAAUUAUUUCAGUGAAAUUUUGUCCGGUACACAGGAAUUUAUUGAAGAGACUAGCGCUGAGGACAGAGCAAUCGUUUCGCCGAAUUGUCAUGAGACCAAUAUUUCGCCAGACUACGCCUACGACACGAAUCUGUCGCAACUAGCGUUGGAUGAGCCAACCAAAAUGAAUCAUACGGGCGUAGAUAAUAGUUUAACGGAAACUUCGAAUAACGGUAUGGAGGAAAGUGAUACGAAUAGCGAUGACAGCGAUUCGUCCAACUUAAACACUUCGCUGCCUGUGGAGCAUAGCCUUCAAGACGAGCCGGCCGAUCAACCAUCAACGCUUGAUGAAAUCGAAAUUUUCGAUGCGCGCUCCAAACAUUUCGAACAGCUGGCGGCAGAGACUUCAUCGGCCGCACCGUUCGCUGUAACCAACUUUGCAUUCGAUGUUGUGGCCUCGCCAAUAAGAAGGCGCUCGAUGAAGAAUAGACAUUCAAUUACUUACACGCUCGUGCCGAAGUGCGCUACGAAGUUGACGCUCGCGGCGAAUUUAGAGCUCAAUUCGCCGCAAGUGUUGGCUGUGAAAGCGCUCGGCGAAAGUACGCAAAAUGCUUGUGGCAAAGAGGCGGUGAUUACGCUAGCGGAUGUGUUGCGUUUGUGGUCUAGCAUUUGGGUGCGCUUGGAUCAGCAACUGCAGUUAACCAUCACUAUAGCGGUCUUUGCACCGAUAAUCGCUUUAAUCUAUCUGAUCCUAUCGUUGUAUGUGUGAAUGAGUGCAUAUUCAACUUGAGAAUUGGGAUUGAUUCGUCGGACUGUAUGUCUAGUUGAUGAUAUUCAUAAAGCGUCAUUAGUGCUUUAUAUCCAUUUAAUAUAACACUUUCGUUGGAACUAUAAAUUUUCAAAACCCUAAAAGUAACAAAAAAUAUUAAUAGAUUGUAAAUUAAUGUGGUCUAAAAUUAUUGUUAAGUUCAAACAAUUCCUUUGUGUAUUUGAAAAAAAAAAAACAUAUUUUUUGUUCUAUUUAUACCCGUAACAACGACUUAAGGCAUCGAUUCGGCUCUGUCGAGAGUGAAAUUCCAUGCAAACCACCAUUUUGAUGUCAAUAUCUGUUUGUUUAAUGUGAACAUUUAGAAAUUUUCAAUUUGCUUCAGGCAAAAUCGCUAUGUAUUUCUAAAACGAUGAUAUUGUACAAUAAAAUUUGAAAGUUGAAAGAAA